ACCCUGACACUUCCUGACCCUCCUGACAUGCUCCUCAUGCUUCUCAUAGCUGUUGCCUCCUGCUGUUCCUCCUCAUCGUGAAGCAGGAAGUGAAUGAUGGUGGAGUCUGUGCCAAGCAGCGAGCGUCUCUGUCUCCGCAGACGUCAGUUGACGAUGGCGGUGACCUUGGCCAUCCCGGUGACCUUGGCCAUCCCGGUGGCGGUGCCGGCGGCGCCGGACCCGCGCGCGGACUUCCCCGCGUGGCUCUCGGCCCAGGGCAUGAAGCUGCCCUUCGCCCAGGCCAUGGAGCGGGAGCUGGGGAUCGGCGACUACGAGGACCUGCUGGCGUGCGCCGAGGACGCGCAGGUCACCCUGGAGCUGCUGGCCACGGCGCGCCAGCGCCUGCCCUUCGCCCUCUACGCCGCCCUGCGCCGCGUCGUCAAGGCGGCCGGGGCGAGCGUGGGCACCGCGGGGAGCCAAGGGGCUGGGUGGCCACUGCACGAGGGUGCCCAGCCCGGCCUGGCUGCGCUGCUCGACGCCAUCGUGGCCACGCUGCAGACGCUGGGCCAGGAGCUGUUGCAGUCGGCGCUCAGGUUCAGCCGACUCGACCAGGCGCUGGGACCCGGGGACGGCGCUGCGAUCAGCCCUCAGGAGCGGUCGGAGCGACAGGACGCCGACCCCAUCGACCCCCCGGCGGAGGAGCUGGGGCCCCAGGAUGUCAACACGCAGCUGGAGCCGGGCAUCGGCAGCCCCGCCGCGUGGGGCGGCGUUGUGGUGAAGAUGGAGCGCGUCGAUGGCGAGGAGGCGGACUACGGGCUGGGCUGGGGGCGGUCGGGGUCGCACGCCGGCGAUGAGAUGCUCGAGCAAGAGAUCCUGCGAGGAGCCGGUCUUUACGCGCCUCCCACGGAUGACGCCCUGCCCUCGACUCUGGUGCUGCCGGUGGAUUUUCCCACGGGACGCCGAUUGGCGGAGCACGACGUCCCGACGGGCGCUAGCCCCGAGAAGUCGGAGCGGUGGCAGUGCUGGCACUGCGGGAAGGCGUUCCGCAAGAAGUCUGACCUGGUGCGCCACGUGCGCGUGCACACGGGGGAGCGGCCAUACGCGUGCGGCCUGUGUGACAAGCGCUUCAACCAGCCCGGCACGCUGUCCUCACACCGGCGCUUGCACACCGGCGAGCAGCCGUACACGUGCCUGGUGUGUGGCAAGAGAUUCUCACAGACGUCUGGCCUCAACCGCCACCGCAAGACGCACCACGUCCUGCCAGAUUCGUUCUGAUGAGCACCGCUCAGGCCUGGCUCUUUUGAAGCCUUGCAUGGACCACCAAGGGUGCAUAUGAGCAUUGAUCCCAGCCUGGUGUGUGUGUGUGAGGUGUUGUGUCCGGCCCCUGUAAUGAAACGGAGUUGACCCUCUUGAACUCGUGUAUGUGUUCACAGCCGCAUGUAAUCCAAGUGGGGUUUUCUGUUUUUGGGCCACAUGUGGAGAACUUGUUUGGCGGGCAUCUUCAAGAGUUGAGGGACAAAAAUGCUCAGCACUCGGCACAACUCGGACAACCACACUGGGAAAUGACCCCCGUUUGGUGCUGGGGUCAGGGUCACGGUGGUCGUGGUUAUGGUGGUUUGCGUCGCAGAGGUCGAGUUUGUUGAUGUGCGGGCCCCCGGGGUCUCCGUUUGACAGAACCUGAGAGAUGGUGCGGCAAGACUGCGAACACCUCAUAGUUGGCGUUAAAAAAAACCCAACAUGUUUGUCAAUAACGCUGUGGUCGCGAAAGGAAAAAUAUAGUAGGUGACGUUUCAGGCAUUGGCCCUUUUCAUAGCACGUAAAGGUAACAGUUACUGUUACCUCGCUACUGAUUUACAAGGCCAUUUGGUAAACUCACUUCUCCACCGCUGUUAUUGUACCAUGUUAGUCAUGGGGGGUUUAUUUUUGUAAAUUGUAACACGGUUGAUUUUGAUGUUUCGUUAUUGCAGUUCAUUUGAUUUGAUUUCACACGCGACGAGAAUUGGAGUGGCGCACAGCCGAUGUCUAGUCAACGCGUAAGACAUUGCGGCGACGGUAACGGACAGCCUAGGAUGUCUCCACUUUCACCAUCGCUUAAGUAGGCACAGGACCCACCGAGGGAAGGAGUUUCAAGUUGAAUUUGUUUAACCCAGGGUGCGAGAACUCGAAGAGACCAGGACAGAGUCUCGUUUGCAAGCGUUGACCCGGGUCACCAAAAUGACAAAACGAAAACAAUAAAAAUCGGAACAAAAAGAAACUGCAUCGCAUAAUGAGGAAUCUGAACACAUCACAAUUUGGAAUCAACGUUACUGUAAAUAUUAAAUUCUCUGCAGCACAAAUCGGCUCAGGCAGAUCACCAGGUUGAACACCGUGCAAAUAAAACUAAGUAACAGAAACAUUCAACAGUUAUACGGUGUAAAGCUUUCGUGACUGCAGGGAUUCAUCUUCUUGGUUCAUUCGGUAAAGUCACGUA